CAAAGUUAUUUGAGUUUCAGUUGAGGUGCGUAAAAUUGUGUAUUUUUCCAAGCUCACUUCGACAAAAUGGAUAAAUUAAAUGAAAAUGUACGCGAUAAAAAGCAAAUUAAGCUGGACGAUAUCGAUGUGACACCCAUAUUGGCCGCGCUAAUAUUGGGCUUCAUUGUAGUCGCUAUUUAUGUCAUUUUGCGGCGACGCUCCGCGGGCAGACGUGAUUUUUUGCUAACCGGUCUAUGCGAGGCGGGCAAAAGCGCCAUAUUUAUGCAGUUGGUGCAUGGCAAAUUCCCGGAAACAUUCACAUCCAUCAAAGAGAAUGUGGGCGAGUACCGUUCGGGGCAUGUGGCCGGACGACUUGUCGACAUUCCGGGACACUAUCGCGUGCGCGACAAGUGCUUCGAGCUAUACAAACGCAAUGCCAAGGGCAUAAUAUUUGUGGUGGACUCGGUCACCGCUCAGAAGGAUAUUCGUGAUGUGGCGGACACAUUGUACACCAUUUUGGCGGAUAGCGCCACACAGCCCUGCUCCGUGCUGGUGCUGUGCAACAAGCAUGACCAGACGACGGCCAAGAGCGCACAAGUUAUCAAGAGCUUGCUGGAGAAGGAAAUUAACACAGUGCGCGAUACGCGCAGCCGCAAGCUGCAGUCGGUGGGCGAUGAUGAGGUAAACAAACCCGUCAUAUUGGGCAAACCGGGUCGGGACUUUGAGUUUGCGCACAUUACGCAAAAUGUGCAGUUCUACGAAGGUUCAGCUAAGGAUAACCAACUGAAUCAUCUCACAGAUUGGAUUGAUCGCAUGUUGUAAAUGCAGCUGUAAGCCAUGAGGACUGAAAUAUCAUCCGCAACGGAAUCAAUAAUAAAACACAUGGAUAUUUAUAACUGAAACUCUCGAGAGUCAAAACCCUUAAACUGUUAAAUCCUUUCAAAUAGCGCCUGUCUUGUUCCUGCUUCCCUGUAAAUCUACAUUUAGGUUUAUAUUGAAUUUUUUAUAAUUAUAUAUAUAGGUCUUUUCA